UGGUUGGCUAGUUACCUUGGUGCGCACACGGUAGAGAAAACUUGGUGUGACACAUUCACUCACACUCUAAGAGUCCUAUAUACAUAUAUUUCAAAUCAAUAGUCCAAUGGAAGGGACAAGCAUGGAUCUUGAACUCCCUUCAGCUGUCAAUGAAUCAGAACAACAAAAGUUCACUCUACCUGUGGAUUCUGAACACAAGGCCACAGAAUUCAGACUAUUUUCCAUAGCCAAACCCCACAUGCGUGCAUUCCAUCUAUCAUGGGUCUCUUUCUUCUCAUGCUUUGUGUCAAGCUUUGCUGCACCACCCCUUCUUCCCAUAAUUCGUGACAACCUUAACCUCACAGCCACUGACAUAGGAAAUGCUGGGGUGGCAUCAGUUUCAGGUGCUGUUUUUGCAAGAAUUGCCAUGGGAACAGCUUGUGACUUGGUUGGACCCCGCCUUGCGUCUGCAUCGCUCAUUCUGCUCACAGUGCCAUUUGUGUACUUCACUUCCAUUAUCAACUCAGCCACCUCUUUCCUCCUUGUCCGUUUCUUUACUGGCUUUUCCUUAGCCACCUUUGUCUCCACACAGUUCUGGAUGAGUUCAAUGUUUUCUGCUCCUGUGGUUGGUUCAGCCAAUGGUUUUGCUGGUGGAUGGGGCAACCUUGGAGGAGGAGCUACCCAACUCAUCAUGCCUCUUGUGUUUUCACUCAUCCGCGACAUUGGUGCUACACAGUUCACAGCAUGGAGAAUUGCAUUCUUUGUUCCUGCUUUUUUUCAAAUGAUGACAGCAUUUUCCCUUUUGAUAUUUGGCCAAGACAUGCCAGAUGGGAACUUCCACCGCUUGAAGAAGUCAGGGGAUAAAGCAAAAGAUGAAUUUUCAAGCGUGGUGUUUCAUGGGGUCACAAAUUAUAGAGGGUGGAUUCUGGCGUUGACUUAUGGAUAUUGCUUUGGGGUAGAGUUGACCAUAGACAACAUCAUAGCUGAAUACUUCUAUGAUAGGUUUAAUCUUAAACUCCACACUGCUGGAAUCAUUGCGGCAAGCUUUGGCUUGGCUAACUUGUUUUCUAGACCUGGUGGGGGUUAUUUAUCUGAUGUAAUGGGAAAGAGGUUCGGUAUGAGGGGUAGAUUAUGGGUCUUGUGGCUGUGCCAAACCUUGGCUGGUGUGUUCUGCAUAAUCCUUGGCCUUGUGGGAUCUUUAAGUGUAUCCAUUGUUGUUAUGAUCAUAUUCUCCGUGUUUGUCCAAGCUGCUUGUGGGAUGACCUUUGGAAUUGUUCCAUUUGUCUCAAGAAGGUCAUUAGGGGUCAUCUCUGGAAUGACAGGAGGAGGAGGCAAUGUGGGUGCAGUAGUGACCCAGCUCAUUUUCUUCAAAGGAUCUAAGUUUUCAAAAGAAAGGGGAAUAACUCUAAUGGGUGUCAUGAUCAUACUAUGCACCCUGCCAAUAUGCUUACUCUACUUUCCACAGUGGGGUGGAAUGUUUUUUGGUCCCUCAUCUAAAAGGGUCACAGAAGAAGAUUACUACUUGGCUGAGUGGAACUCAAAGGAGCAAGAGAAAGGCUCUCAUCAUGCAAGCUUGAAAUUUGCUGAUAAUAGCAGAAGUGAAAGAGGCAGAAAACUGAACACUUCAACUAGGCCUACUGAGGAAAUCACACCCCCACAUGUUUGA